AUGGAACUGGUAAACGCUCUGGAAAGACAGUCGCAGCCACCACCGCCCUUUAUACUUGCCAAGGCAUUCAUGUCGUUCAUUCGAGAUCGCAUGGAGUCAAUGGCAGUAUUGACCCAAAAUCAAGCCCGGUUUCUUCUACAGACCUUACAGCACCUAGUCGCUGGAUACCCGUACAAAGAUGCUCGAGGAUCCGUGCGUGUGGCUCUGGGGCUCGAAAAUCUCGAAACUACCAUGUUUGCUUUAUUUCAAGUGGGCUGCGAACCUGAUGCCGCUGAGGUUUUAAACAAGCUUGCCAAAACAAUAUAUGAGCAAAUUUGCCAUAGAAAUGAACAGGCGAAGAAACCACAUCAAAAUCCUAGCUCCCAGGCGCUCAGCUCGUAUGUUUCGAUAUUAGCGUCCACUGGGUCACCGCUCGAGGCAUUGAAUGUUGUGGAGACAUACUGGGAAAAUGUUCUACAUUCAGAAGGCAUCGUGCCGUGGCUCGAUGUAAUAAGCGGUUUAGCAAAGGAAAACAUGGAAUCCGAUAUUCCGGUAGUAAUAGGCAAGAUGGGCCGUUGUGGUAUUGUGUUGGACCCCGACUCCCAUGAGGAAAUGGUUACCAUGCUAGCAGCAGAAAAUAAUGUUGGAGCUUUGAGGAUACUUUAUGAGGUAGACCUACCGGAUGGUCUUCAACCUACAGCUGCAUCGACUGCGGUUGCAAUAUCGACCGCUAUUCGGAACUCGAUGGUGGAGUGGGCCAGCCAAUUAAGUGAAUCGCUCCCCGAUUAUCCAACUCCAGCAAGUCGAGAUGCCAUAUUUCUUCUAUCUGCAGCUAGGGCUGAGCCAGCAACAAACAUUGAGAAGCAUUUGGAGGUUAUGACUGGAAUCAAUCCAGACAUCAGACACUCUAUGACCAUUACUUCCAUCAACCAGCUCAUAGAGCACGCAAUCUCGAUCCAGAGGCAAGAUUUGGCCCAAGAAUACUUAGCACUUGCACAAAAGUGGGGAUUGCAACCGGACGCCCAUACCUAUAUGCUGCAAAUGGACUCGAAAAUUCAGCAGGGAGACCUUGACGGUGCCCUCGAGCUCGUGGAAAACCUCAACCUCGAGACUCUUACCGAUCGGGCAGACGUCAUGAUGUUGAACAGAAUUCUCAGGCAGCUUUGUAACCCCCGUUACACCAAUACUGAGUACGACACCAUUUUAUCAUUUGUUGACCGUCUCCUCAACACAAGAAGCCGGUUUGAAGCUGAAACGCUUGGAGCCCUGUGCAAAGUCCUCCUAUACCGCCACGAACUCGAAAACAUCUCAAACCUCCUUCGCCCCAUUAUCGAUCAAUAUAAUUCAGAGGAAUUAUCCAAAAUCAGUGAAUCUUUCGUCGACUAUAUCAACGAUCAAAACGAGUCUACAGAAAGCAUCUGGGAAGUUUAUGAAUUGCUAAAUAUGGCCUUCCCUCGCACAGCUGUUCACACCAGGACAGAUAUCAUGAAUCAAUUCUUUAACCGUGGCCGAUCCGACCUAGCAUGCCUUGUAUUCGGACACAUGAGACAAAAGGAGCGUGGAGGCAAGCGCCCCACAGCACAUACUUACGCCAUGUGUCUGCAGGGAAUAUCCCGCGCCGCCGACGCCAGCGGGCUUCAUCUCGUGCACAACAUGUUGAAACUUGAUCUCGAAGUUGGCCUAACGACCAAGAUCUACAACGGUCUGAUGCUCGCGUAUGCUGCAUGCGGGAUGCCUGAUGAAGCGAUGGGAUUCUUCCGGGACAUCCUUCACUCCGAGGAAGGCCCGUCGGGACAGACAUUGGUGAUUUUCUUCCGCGUGUGCGAGACGUAUCAUAAUGGCGUGCAGGAGGCAUCGAAGAUGCUAGCGAAACUGAGGUCGAUGGAUGUCCGCAUUGACGAGAGGAUAUAUAAUGCGUACAUCGGAGCGUUGGCAGGACAUUGUGAGGUGGAGAAGGCGACGGAGGCUAUUCAAGCCAUGGAGUCAAAGCUUGGGUUUGGCCCGAGUACUCUGACAAUCGGCACCUUAUACAAUGCCACUCCGUUCCAGUACUGGAAAGAACAAGUCGAGGAAUGGGCACAAACCCAAUAUCCGGAUUUAUGGGCCGAUCUCGAACAGCUGGGCUGCGAGGAGGACGAGGAAGGGCUGAAAAAGUUCAAUAUCAACAGAAAUAUUGAUGUUUGA